GCAAUUUAGACGUCGUCGGCGUCUUGGUCUACUCACUGGCUACGUGAUUCUGUCUGCUUUUAUUGUUUUCGACUCGAGUCGCCUGGCGGAUAGACGACAAAUCGGCCAGACUUUUGCUUUGUCGCUGCAUUAAUACUACACGACGAUAAUUGAUCGGAGACAUUCAGUCUGCAGCAUAAUUGCAAAAAGAGUAUUUAACCGGCAUCAUCACUAACAUGCCACCAUAUAUCAAAAAUUCUGCAAUAUCUACAAAGACGUAGUUGACAAGGAUGAAUACACAAGAUAGAAAUCUCCGCACAUCAGUCUUAUGUCUUGUAUUUGUUUGUCUAUCAAGCGUUACAGCAUCGAGUUCUCAUCGAACAGUCUGCUGCAGGCGAUCACCUUUAAUUCAAGUUCUCGGCCACGAUACAUCCGGACAUGAAGUCAAGGUUGACGUUGGUCGCUGCGUGACGUCUUGUCAUGUUAAUGAUGAAAACGAUUAUCAGAGUGUUCUGGAACGAAUUUUAGAAAAAAAGACAAAGAAUGACGUUUGUUCAAAAUCCGGAGGGUUCGAACGAGAAUGCAGUCCAUCAAUGAUGAGAGUUGAAGCAAUGACAACGAAUAACGGGCCACAGUUCAUUGAUGUCAUUGAAUCGUGUGAAUGUCGUGAAGUGGUAAAAUCUUGUGAACGCGUUCCAAAAGUGAAAAAAUUCUUCCCCGGGACAAAAUUUGAAGCGAAUGUUGAUGUUGGUCAAUGCCUUGGAGGUUGUAAAAAUGCAAAACAUCACAAAGUUUGUCGAGAAGUAAGAACGGAAACUCAUUCCAUCCCGGGACCAAACGGAAUUAUCAGCAUCGAGGUUGUAACGGGAUGCAACUGUGAGCAAGCCUGCUACAGGCAGCAUCACAAUGUCGCCGUCACUGAGUUUAUAACACGUGGAAAAGGGAGAAUGGCGACUAAAACCAAGGUUGUAGAUGUGGGAAAAUGCGUGGGUUCCUGUGGUUCAUUGAAGAAAUGCGUCGUAAAAGAUCACAAACAUAAGAAAGGAGACAAAAGUCGUUGUUUGAUGGCGCUGGAGAUUGCAGACGUCAAAUGUGCGCCGACCAGGGUACACAAUAUUUCGUAUGUAAAUAUAGAUGGAGAAAAGACAUCUGUCACACAAAUUCGAAAAUGCGGAUGUACAUGAAGCAUUUGAUCUGGGACUUCUUCGAAGAUUAGUCGGAUACCAGGAAUCUUCGUACAAACUCUAUGGAGGGCGAAGUUCGACGUUGGAUAUUGCAGCUGCGAGGUGGCGCAAAAAGCAACAAAGCAAAACGAAAGAAGACAAAUAACCCUUUAGAUGAAUUUAAUAAAUUUGAUAACCACAAUAA